AUGAGCGGUAGUUCAAGCAAGCAGAAGCCUGAGAUAUUGGGUACGGAGGAGCUCAAGACGGAGGCUAAGUGGUUGAAACUUGAGCGGAUCAAUUGGAAGGAUGAAGAGGGGAAGGAGCGGGCUUGGGAGUGUGCCAACCGCACGAAGCGGUCCAAAGCCGGUGUCGACUCUGUCCAUAUCCUCGCACUCCUGCAUCAUCCGAGCAAGCCACUAUCUACGAUCCUCAUCGAGCAAUAUCGUCCUCCAGCAGGCGGGACCUGCAUCGAGUUCCCCGCUGGACUAGUGGAUGAGGGGGAGGACGCCGCAGGCGCCGCUCUGCGGGAGCUCAGGGAGGAGACGGGCUACGGAGACGGGAAGGGCGGGGGAGGGGUGGAAGUUGCCGAAGUGUCAGAUGUGCUCGUCAAGGAUCCAGGUAUGACAGGCGCAAACAUGAACCUCGUUACGGUCAACGUCAAGCUCGGGGAGAACGACGAGGACCCGCAACAACACCUGGACGAGGGUGAGCAUAUUAUCAAGCGGGUCAUACCUCUCUCGGACCUCCAUAAGACCCUCAAAGACUACGCUUCGAAGGGCUUUGCUAUCGAUGCGCUGGUCGCCUCAAUGGCGGAAGGCUGGCGUCUGAGGGAGAAGUACGGGUCAGGCAACAAGUGA